GAAGUAGAGCCGGUUGUUAUUUCUCAGUAUUGUUUUUUUUCUAUGUGAGAAAACAUUUUCCUGUCGAACAUAAAAAGAGGAGGAGGAGUGUGACUCUGUUUGUGGAUGUGACUUCUGUCUGUGUUUCGAGCCGUGAAUUUACCUCGGCUCUCCGCGAUGGCUCAGGCCGUGCUGGUGGACCUGAUCCACGGCUGCAGCGCAGCGUGCACCGGAGCUUCUCUGCUGGAGGAGUCUGCACCAGACCCACAUGUUUUUCUGUUGUGCGGGAAACGUUACAAGGAGAACAACGGCUUUUCAGACGCGUUUCUGAGCUCGUGCAGAAACGCGCAGGUCCUGGACUCGGACUCCACCGCGGCAUGUUUGUACCGGUUCAAGCAGACUGUGGACGAGUUGGAUCUGAGCUCGGUCACAGUCCUCACGACCUCAUGGGGCCGAGAAGUGCUCGGUUUGUACCAGGAGCUGCUUUUUACGGCCGUCUACAGCUUUGAGUACAAGGUGAAGCCGGUGGAAAAUCACACCUGUCCGAGUUGCAGAGGCUCCGCCCACACGGACUCACCUGGUGAAAGAGUAUCUGAGGACGUGUCGGCGUUUCUGCAGCAGCUGCCUGCGCUGAAGGGAGAAAUCACCGUGUUGAAAUCAGCACUGAUCCCAGACUGUUUUGGUCAUGGAUUCAGCACUCGUACAGGUGGCGUGUCCUACAUUCCAACAUUAUCCUCCAUGAACAUGUUCUGCAGCAGCAAGAGGAGGGACCCCGUGGCUGUGGUGACGGAGAACAGACGUCGACUGGCCCUCCACGCUGGUUUCCACCCUCAGCCUCUACGUCUGGUCAAGGUGAACCACGCCAGCGACGUGUGGGUCUUGGGUAAAGCCGAGCCGGAGAGCUACGAUGCGUUAGUGACCAACCAGACUGGGAUCAUUCUAGCGGCUCCGGGGGCCGACUGCAUGCCCAUCCUGUUCGCUGAUCCGGUGUCAAAGGUCAUCGGAGCCGCUCAUGCAGGUUGGAAAGGGACCCUGAUGGGGGUUGCCAUGGCCACCGUGGAUGCCAUGGUGACGGGCUUCGGUUGCCGGGUGAGCGACAUCGUGGUGGCGGUGGGCCCGUCCGUGGGGCCGUGUUGCUUCAUCCUGGACAGAGAGCAGGCGCUGAACUUCACCAGCAUCCACCCGGACUGUGUCCCCGACCCAGAAUCCGCCAAACCACACGUGGACAUCCGCCUCGCCAACAGAGUUCUCCUGCAGAACGGCGGCAUCCUCCCCGAGCACAUCCACGACCACACGGUGACAUCCUGGCCGAGUGUGACGCCCUGCACCUCGUGUCACCCUGAAAGCUUCUUCUCCCACGUCAGAGAUGGAACAAACUUUGGCUCACAAGUGGGUUUCCUGUGGAUCAAGGAACAAUAGUCCGAACAGUGAACAGGUUGGAUGAGCCAAAAAAAAAAAGAGGGAUAUUAGGAGCUCAGCUUUUAAUAAAGCCGGGUUUAAAAAACCUAAACAUCAGUCAGAAACAGUAGCUCCAACUGUAAUGUAGUGCACAACAGGUGUCACAGCCGGCGGCCGAGCUGAUAAAGAUAGCAGCUGCCAGCGGGACUACAGCCACGUUUAUCAAUAUACAGUACUGUAUUGUUUUCUUGUGGACUUUUCAUCAGUCACUGACCAAGUACUCUUCAUAUUUAAAGUAUGUACCUGUCCACUCCAAGUACCAGGAUACGCUUUUUUCCCUACACAUUUAUGUGGGGAUGCAUCUCGAGGUAACUUGUGUAGACGUGGUACAAGCAGAAUUAAUUUCAUUUGCAUCAUAUCAGGGCUUCUGAACUAGAGAGAUUUAAGACCUUUUCAAGACCUUUUUAAGACCAUUAUGGGUUUUAAAACAUUUAAAACCUGGAUCAUACUGGAAACUGAAUUUUCAUCGAACAUGAGGACAAAUGGUCCAGAGACGUUUGAGAAGAAAUUUCUUUUAAUAAACCUGACCAGUCAAAAACCUUGUUAAGUAUGUAGUUCCACUUCCAGGUCUCAUUUGUAGUUUUAUUUCUGCUAAUAGUUAUAUUUCAUAAAGAACUACAUGGAACUAAGUUGCAAAAUAUGUUCGUACAUAAGACUUUUUAAGGCCUUGAAUUGGGAUUAUCCAACGUUUAAGACUCUGCAGAAACCUUGAAUAAAGUUCGCUGGUGUUCCAGUUGCAGAAUGGACGUCCUGCAUCUGAACUUAUCAAGUACAAAAAUACCAAGUGCAUCAGUAGUUCAGGACUCGGCUUCCAAAAACACUUCAUACACUAAAACGUUAUGUGUCCACAAGUUUUUAGUGCCUUUUUUUUGUAAUUUUUUGUAAAAAUAGAGAGAAUUCGAGCUGGAUGUUUGUUCCUGUUGCUUUUAUUGUAACACAUUGAUUACACACGUUGAUUAAUGACUGCAAUUUGUAUUUUCUGUGGUAUCGUUUUAUUGUGGUAUUAGUUUUACUGUCAAAUAAAUUUCAGCAGCAAUGCAACAA